AUGGUGGAUCAGUACUCUCUGGUUACCACUAGACACCCAUUUCCUGCAGUCAUCAUCCUUGUGAUCACCUUUUCCAUGGCGCCUUCUCUUUGUACGCCCGCAGAUCAAAUCACUUAUUGUUUAAAUCUUCACAACAUAAAAAAUUUUACCACUUUGCCAAACACCCAAAACGAUUCCAAUUCAGCUUAUUACAAACUUCUCAACUUCUCAAUCCAAAACCUCCGCUUCGCCGGACCCAAGAUCUCGAAACCUCUCGCAAUAAUCCUCCCGGAAAGCGUGGAGGAGGUCGCAAACAGUGUUCUAUGUUGCAGAGAAGCUUCGUGGCAGAUCAGAGUAAGGUGCGGAGGACACAGCUACGAGGGAACUUCGUCAGUCGGUGGAGACACGAACAAACCAUUCGUGAUACUCGAUAUGAUGAAUUUGAACCAAGUGGUUGUAGAUAUGGAAGAUGAAAUGGCGUGGGUCGAAGGCGGUGCAACGCUGGGGGAGAUAUAUUACGAAAUUGCCAUGGCGAGUCAGGAGCUUGGAUUCUCAGCCGGGUCUUGCCCAACUGUCGGCGUUGGUGGGCACGUCACCGGCGGUGGGUUCGGGUUCUUGUCGAGAAAAUACGGCGUCGCAGCCGACAAUGUGGUCGAUGCACUUCUGGUUGACUCAGAAGGCGAGUUGUUAGACAGGAAAGCUAUGGGGGAAGACGUGUUUUGGGCCAUUAGAGGCGGCGGUGGAGGUGUCUGGGGGGUUAUCUACGCCUGGAAGAUCAAACUGCUGAAAGUCCCGCCGACCGUGACGAGUUUCAUCGUGUCCAGGCCAGAAUCAGAAGGGUUUAACGUUGCAGAGUUGGUGGAAAAAUGGCAACAUGUUGCUCAUGAUUUGACCGACGAUUUCUACUUAUCGUGUUUCAUGGGAGCUCAUUUGCCGGAGACGAUGACCAUUGGGAUGUCGGCGACGUUCAGAGGGUUCUUUCUGGGUCGAAGAACCCAAGCCAUAUCAAUUCUCAACAAGGAAUUCCCUGAACUACGCGUGGAGGAAAAUGAUUGUACAGACAUGAGUUGGAUCGAGUCAGUCCUCUUCUUCUCCGGCCUCCCCACCGGAGCCACCAUAUCGGAGUUGAGAAACAGGUAUUUACAAGGCAAGGGAUAUUUCAAGGCGAAGUCCGAUUACGUCAGAACUCCGGUGACUUUCGCCGGGAUAAGGACGAUGAUGGAUAUUCUCGAGAAAGAGCCAAAAGGAUACGUGAUAAUGGAUCCAUACGGCGGAAUAAUGAAGAGAAUAACGAGUGACGCCAUAGCUUUUCCUCACAGAAAAGGUAACCUAUUUGCUAUUCAGUACCUGGUGGAGUGGAAGGAAGAAGACGAUGAGAAAAGAGAGGAUUACAUGGAUUGGAUGAGAGGGUUUUAUGAAUCGAUGAAGCCGUAUGUAUCGGGAGGUCCAAGAGCUGCUUAUGUUAAUUAUAUGGACUUAGACCUUGGCCAGCUUCAGCCGCCUGUCUCUGCCGCCAUUGAUGAUCUGAAUUACUCUUACGAGGAUACUGUUGAGAUUGCGAGAGUUUGGGGUGAAAAAUACUUCUUGAAAAAUUACGAUAGACUGGUUAGAGCUAAGACACUUGUCGAUCCAACUAACUUUUUCACCAAUCAACAGCCAAUUCCGCCAUUAAAUAUGGGUUCUUCUCUUCGGAAAAUUGGAAGUGAUCAUGGUGAUGAUCACGAAAGAGAUAAAAGUUCAUGA